CGUGUUCCUUAGCUUCUCGCUAGCUUAACUGCAGCUUGUCUCAGCGCACAUCAACAAACUCAGUCUGUCUGUGUACGGCGUCGAAUAAUGAGGUGUCUCCCACGUAAACAUUUUCAAAAGUCUCAAGUGUGCCGAUUAAGGCUUUUUUAAUAUCAGAAGAAGAAACGAGAGCUAAACCUGGAUUUUCGAGAGAACAGCAGCUGCCCCAGACACUUAACCGUCGUCCAUGGUUGAAGGAGAAGAUCUGCUCGCGGCGUUGGAAGGAUGCUUUUGUGAGGCCUUCAGAGUCAGCGCGUCGUUGACAGUAGAGGCGUGAAGAAACAUUGUCAGAAACAGUUGAUGCGUUUGCUGAGCACUAUCACAGUAGCUUCAUUUUUGAAGGCACAAGCAGAUUGCUUGGUGCCAUGGUGGGUUGCUUUGAAAAUAGCCGCUCCAAAGGACGCCUUUAGCAGCAGCGUCCAGUGGGAAUGACGACGCCCUCACCACCUCACCCUCACUUCAAUGCAGUGCCUCCCCAGGCUGAACCGAUGUGCGGAGACGGUCGCCUUUGUUGCUGUCAGCGUGCGCCAAGCCGUCCCACGACCUCCACAGAAAAGAGACUUUUUUCGAGUCUGAAAGGCUCUCAAGGGCUGUUUUGUGCUGCUUGAAUGGGCCUCAUCAAUGGGGCAGCCUGUUUGCCUGUGUGUGGGCCACUGAGAGAGGGGGGCAUGUUCCGUUCCAGUCUACUGUAGGUCAUGCUGGUCUGCACUUCAUAUGGCCUGCACUUGCAGAGCAGCAGUUAGCACACUGGAAGAAGCCUCAAGGCCACCUUGCGUCCAGGAUGGCGUUGGUUCAGGCUCCGCCCAUCCCCGCUGAGCCACACGACCCGGGUCACACCGCACGCUCCCGCAGAAGACACCGUUCGGGACCCUCUCCUCCCAUCAAUGCCUCGGCGACCGCCGCUGUGGAUCUCACAUCACGUCCCUACCGGGACCGACGAGUCCGACGGGGAACUUCCUUACCGGGCGCGGAGUCUCCUCAGGAGCACUUCUUGCACAACCGCAGUCCUCCAGCACUUAGGACUUCCGACAGUGGGCGGGAGAAGUGGAACUAUGUGGACGACUGGAAUGACCACCAUAUGGCACCCGCCAGCCCGACGAGAUACCAAGACGAGAUAAAAGAGGGCUUGAAUGGGAACGUCGGGGGACCGCCCCCAAAACUCAUACCGGUGUCGGGAAAACUGGAAAAGAAGAUGGAGAAAACGGUGCUGCGGCCCACCGCCUUCAAACCGGUGGUCCCCAAGAGCCGUGGCACCAUGCAGUACCUGUCCCCCCGACACAGUGCCAACGUACCGGAGAAUGGCCUGCUGGGCGCCGCUCACCGGGAGCUGUCACCGUCCGGCUCCGAGAGGCGCAGCUCGUACAGCGCGGGGCGGAGCGGCGGCGGAAGCAGCGGCCACUCCUGCUCGCUGUCCGACUCAGGACGCAACUCGCUCUCCAGUCUGGCGGCGGGAGAGGGGACGGCGGGGGGUCACCCAGAGGCGACCAAAAGCACCCCCUGCGCGGGGGUCAACGGGCACUCCAACUCGGACAGUGGCCGCUCGUCCUCCAGCAAGAGCACCGGGUCCGUCAGCGGGCGGGGUCAGCCACUGUCGGACUGCGGGUCUGGUGGGCGGUCGCCAGGGGCGGCGGAAGGCUACGAGGGCAUCAUCAGGGACCUGGAGGACAAGCUGAGGGAGAGAGAGGCGGAGCUCCAGCUACUUCGAGACAACCUGGACGACAACGAGGCCGCUAUCUGUCAGGUCUACGAAGAGAAGCAGAAGCGUUUUGAGCUGGGUCUGGAGGAGCUGCGGCAGAGCUGCGCCACCAGGAUGCAGGCGGCGUCCCAGAAGGCGCAGCGAACCCAGCAGGUGCUUCAGAUGCAGGUUCAUCAGCUGCAGCAGGAGAAGAAGAAGCUGCAGGAGGACUUUGCGCAGCUCCUGAAGGAGCGAGAGCAGCUGGAGGAGCGCUGCACCUCCUACGAACACGAUAAAAUCCAGCUGGGCCCGCGGCUGGAGGAGACAGAGUGGGAGGUGUGCCAAAAGUCAGGCGAGAUCUCUCUACUGAAGCAGCAGCUGAAGGAGGCGCAGGUGGACCUGGCCCAGCGGGCGGGCGAGGUUGCGUCGCUGCGCGGGCAACUGCGUGACACAUGCGGCGAGCUAAGCGGCGUCCAGGCCCUUCUGCAGGAAGCAGGCAGCGUCGCACGCUCUCGAGCCGCCGAACUGGAGGUGUGCGAGAACGAGCUGCAGCGCCGCAAGAGCGAGGCCGAUCUGCUGCGGGAGAAAGCGGCACGCCUGGAGGGCGAGCUGUCCCACCUGCGGGAACCCGAGGGAGAGCGGGACGCCCUGCGGGGCCUGGCCGAGCACCUGCAGGGCGAGCUGGCUUUGGAGCGGCAGCGGGCCGAGAGGCAGGUGAGCGGAUUCGAGGAGGAGAGGCAGACGUGGCAGGAAGAGAAGGACAAGGUGCUGCGCUACCAGCAGCAACUGCAGCAGAACUACGUGAGCAUGUACCAAAACAACCGGCAGCUGGAGCUCCUCCUGAGGGACCUCAGCCAGGAGCUAGAGAGCCGCGACCACGACGACGACGACGGCAGCGGCAAUGAGAUAGUUUUCGAUGAGGUCGCUGCCACAGAAAUCUGACUUAUUUUUAGGUCACUUCACACGUGGUAGUUUGCGUUAGCUUACGUACGACCUGGAAGUACGAAUCUCAAGACGAUCUUGUCAGCUUUGUUCAUCACGUUACCAGUUGUGUGGAAGCCGUCAGAAAUUAACUUCCCUCUGUCAAACGAAGCAGUGACGAUAGCAGCUAGCUUUACAAAAAUCAAACUACUGUAGUCAAGUCUCCUCGUGUGCUUCAAUACUUGAAUAGAGCAACAGCAUAAUCCUCCACUACAGGGGUAGGCAAACUAUGGACCCAGGGCCACAUAUGACCUGCAUCUUUUUCCAGACCACAGAGCAUUUGCAUUAUCAAGAGGCAUGCAAAAUUUUGCCCCCUUUUUUUUUUCUUUCUUAAAUUGGUUAAUUAAAGUAAUCCUUAAAUGGUUUCUUGAUUCAUUGUAAGUAAUCUAAAAACAGAAUAAAAACAAUUUUAUUUGUUUGUAAUUGCUUAUUUAAUAAUAGUUCAAUUGGUUAUACAUACAAUAUUGAGUUAAUUAGCAUAAGUAUUUUUCUUAAUUGCUUAAUAAAAUUAUUUAUAAUUACAAUUUCAAAAUGAGAAUUGAUUUUAUUAUAAUAAACUUUCACAUACUGUACAUUUCACAUUUUUGUUAGUUGGUAUAUUAAUUUUAAAUAAAAUUGAGAAUUCUUUGAUUAAAACAAACAUGUAGUCAUACGUUUUAAUUUACAUGAUCUAUUAAUCACCUGGCUCAUAUCUAAAUAAUAAAUAAAUAAAGGUGGCCCUUGCGCACAAGUUUGCCCACCCCUGCUCGACUACCUUCGUUAAGAUGGUUGGACAUUUGGAGCUUGUGCGACCAUUUUACGUCCUUCCCCUGAGUGCCCAAGAGAAGACGACAAUGAUGACCUUGGGUUGCUUUCCACUUGUAAAUAAUUCUGAGUGCACUUGUCACUGUGAAUAGACCAAAGAAAUGUUUCCACAAGGCCUGUCUUCAUAUUGGAUGUUUGUCAGGCUUCCGCAGCACAUAUAUAGAGAGAAAUGAAUAUUUUCACCUUGCUGUAUAUUUUGUGUUUAUUAAAGGUUACACUGAAUUGUUAUGAAA